UUUUAGGAACUUGUAAUUUUAUGUCUUAGAUCCAUGGCUAAAUAAAAAAUUUAAAAUGAAUUAAACUACUAUAUAUAAAUUGAAUUUUAUGUCUAAUGUAAUAUUGAAUUAUUAAUUUUGUGUUUAAUAGAUCUGUGAAAAUUUUAAAACGUUAAAAUUCAUGAACUAAAUUUAUAUUUUGAAAGUUUAGGAAAUAAAUAGCAAUAAACCUCAUCGUUAAAGGACUAAAUUUAUAAGUUAACCAAUUCUUAGUCAAGAAAUUUCUACUUCAACCAAAGUGCACACACUUUGGCGUAAUACUAUCACAAGCUAAAACUAAAAUAAGAGAUCUAACCUAAAUUGAAUAUAACUCAACAAUAAUUACCUCUUUCUCUUGAGGUGAAGGCUCAAACACCCAUAAUUUCGCUUGUAUUUGAAUAUUAAAUUAAAAUAUCAUUUUAGUUUACAUAGUUUGAAUUUAUUUUCAAUUUAUUUAUUAAACUUUUAAUUAUCUAUCUCUAUUUUUAAUAAAUCUUAAAUUAAUUAAAUUAAUAAUUUCAAUAUAAAGUUAAAUUCAUAUCAAAAAAGACACUUGAGAAUAUAUUUACAUCAAUUUCAUAAGAAAUGCUAAAGAAAGCCAAUUUUCUUUUCUUUUUUUUUUUUUUUGAAAAAAAUCAACAAUUAACUAAGGGACAUUGAAGUAAUUUUAAGAUUUUAAAAAAUAUAUGGAGUAAAAUUACACCUUAAAAAAUUAUGGAUGAAAAUAGAACCAAACUUAAAUAUACGAACUAAAACAAUAUUUUAACAAAAUAAUAAUAAUAAUAAUAAUACUAACUACUAUCGGGAUAAGAGCAGCGGGAAAAAAAUUGAAUUCAACUGAACGCGCCGCCGUGGUGCGUGACAAAGACGUGGCUUUCUUGUAUGUUUUUUUUGGAGUGAGAAAAUAAAAAUUGGACGAAAGAAAAAAAAGGAAGGACAGAGACAAGCCGAAACGAUAUUUUGUUGUAGCUCGUCCGCAUUUCCCUGUUUCUUUCUCCCAACGAAAAACCGAAUUGGGUAAUCAACCCUAGAUUUGAGCAUUCAAUCCAUUCUUACGAAGAAAAACGAGAUUGAUCGCAUGCUUAUUUGCUAAAGAUCGAAAUAUAAAACUAUGAAGAUCUUCACUGAAUUAUAGACUCUGCCACUAUUGGAAUCCGUGUCUGAAGAUCUUCGAAUUCAAGCAAGUUUUUGAGUUAUGGGAGCUGAGAAGAAGUGGCUCUUCACUCUCUUCUCAGCUGCAUUGCUUUCUCUGAUUUUGUUACUGUUCUCUACCAUUUCCGCUUUCACCACGUCAAGGCUUCUCCCUUCCUCUGUACACCGAGGACUGCACCAUCCACCGGCUUUUGCUUACUAUAUAUUUGGUGGACGUGGCGAUAAGGAUAGGAUCUUCCGGCUUUUGCUAGCCGUUUACCAUCCGAGGAAUCGGUACCUUUUGCAUCUCAAUCACGAGGCUUCCGAUGGAGAUAGACAACAGCUAGCCGCGAUGGUGAAGUCUGUUCCGGCGAUUCGAGCUUUUGGGAAUGUGGACGUUCUUGGUAAGCCUGAUCGUAUGACCUACAGUGGGUCCUCUUAUAUUGCCACAACUUUGCAUGCUGCAGCAGUUCUGCUUAAGAUUGACAGUGGCUGGGAUUGGUUUAUCACUUUGAGUGCGAUGGAUUAUCCACUGAUCACUCAGGAUGACCUUGCACAUGUGUUAUCCUCUGUUAGAAGAGAUCUCAAUUUUAUCGAGCACACCAGUGACAUUGGAUGGAAAGAAUCUAAGAGAAUCAAUCCGAUUGUAGUUGAUCCUGGAGUGUACUUAGCAAGGAGAAGCCAAAUUUUUCAUGCCACCGAGCAACGGCCAACACCAGAUGCUUUCAAAAUAUUCACAGGUUCGCCUUGGGUCAUCCUAAGCCGAUCGUUCCUCGAAUACUGCGUGUUGGGUUGGGAUAACCUACCUCGAACACUGCUGAUGUAUUUCACAAAUGUGGUUUGGUCUCAAGAAGGAUAUUUUCAUUCUGUUAUUUGCAAUUCACUAGACUUCAAGAACAAGACAGUGAACAGUGAUCUAAGAUACAUGAUCUGGGACAAUCCACCUAAGAUAGACCCUCACUUCCUCCAUUCCUCCGAUUUUGAUCAAAUGGCUCAAAGUGGAGCUGCUUUUGCCAGACAGUUUCAACAAAAUGACCCAGUGCUGAACAUGGUUGACAAUAUCAUCCUCAACCGCCAACCGAAUCGACCCACCCCAGGUGCGUGGUGUUCUGGCUGGAACAGUUGGUGGACCGAUCCGUGCUCCCAGUGGCGUGAUGUCAAUGUUCUGAAACCCGGGUCUUGGGCAAAGAAAUUUGAAAAGUCUAUUACAAACCUCCAUGAUGAGUUGAGUUCACAACCAAAUCAAUGCAAAUGAAAUCAGGCUUUCAGGUAGCUGAGGUGAGAGAGAGCCUAAGCCUAUCCAGGAUGAUGAGAUGAGUACCAUGUUCCAUUUUCACACUAGAUUUGUUUUCAUAAAUAUUAGUCGAUUCCAUAUUAAUGUUGGAGUCUCAUGUUAAUGUGACACACAAUAAAUAGAGAGAGUAGGAGUAUAGAGGGAGUAUGUAAAUUUUCAUACUCUCGUGGUGUUAGAAAAUUUUUAGAGGAUUUUUGCAAUUUGAUUUUGGACCAAAACCUAAUAUUGCAUAUUACUUGGGGAAUUGUGUAAAGUGACAGAAAUUAAGAUGUUGUACAGUGA